AUGCGCGACUCCUCGUCGGCCUCCCCGGCGUCCAUUUCCGUCACGCUUGCUGCGCAGGAGCGUCUCGCCAUCACAGCGCCGUCAGCAGCGUCGUUGCCGCCUUCCUCUUCUCUUCUCACGCGUCGCCAAGACCAGGCGGACCGUCUCCUUCAGGCGAUUGCAGAGCUGACAACCAUGGACGACUGUCUCGCGUUCUUCUCCGACAACAGAAACCAGUUGCGGCCCAACGUCUUUCUUGCUCUUCUGAAGCGCAUGCAGUUGAUUGCGACCGCGCAUCUGGCGAAACAAGCGUCAAGGAGUGACGCGAAGAAGAUGAAGCGAAUAGCUCACGGCCAGUCUGCUGUGUGUGACAACGCGGAGUGCCCACCGGAGUCCUCGCAGGAGUGUUCUUCCUCGACUCCAUCUGGUGUGCGCCCGCCUCGUCCAAAUGUCUUUCGCGCCUACUUUCACAGGCAUCCGCGGUUUCGAGAGGUACAACGGCUUCUCCUAAGCAAAGUCGACUCGUUUCCCGUGGCAGAUCUUCUCUCAGCCCUUGACAUCCUUCAGCAACUGAACGUUUGCCCGCGCCUUCUCCUUCGCGCCGCUGCGCCUCUGCUUCUCCAGGAGCUGCCCCGGCUCUCUCUCGAGCAGGUCGUCCAACUCCUUGCGGUGUACGUCCACCCCAACAGCUCCGGUCCGCACGGCCAGCCCAGCAUGGGUGCCGGUGCCUCCACUGUCGCGAGAGAAGUGACGCAUUGGCUGCAUGCAUGCGGUGGACGCCUAGGAAAACUGGGUAGCGGGCUCCUCGCUGACCUCGCCGACGCGGGAAGUCGGAUGCCCAUUAAUCAAGUGGCCCUUUUGCGGCUCCUCCUUUCACCAGUCCGGCAGCGCAUGCAUACCAUGAACGCCAAGCAGCUUUCCCUGGUUCUGCAUGCGUACGCCAAGCAUCCGAGCGCAGGCGAUGAUUUUGUGCUUCACCAGGGGCUUACGCUUCUCCUUUCUCGCCACUCGAUUCCCGCCAUGUCGCUUCCCGCGACGCUUCGGUGUGUCUGGGCUGCAGCCGCGGCGUGUGGCCCGAGCAGCGUCGGAUGCCCAGGGCGCAGCGCCGCUCCUUCGCUUCAGAGACAACAACACAGUGAACACUUGAAGCUUUUGGAACUCCUUCUGAAGCGUGCGGAGCCUGCUCUCCUGCGACAAGCAGAUCAACUCGACGGCCAGGCGGUCGCUACACUCGUCUGGGCAUGCAGUCGAGGGAGUGCUUGUCUCGGAUCUCCCGCGCUGCUUCAAAUGCUUCACCGCCGAACUCUGAGGGUCCAUUGUCAGAUGAGUCCGCAAGGCCUGUCAAACACCCUCUGGGGCUUUGCCACCACACUCGGUCGCAUUGUCGAUAUCCGGUCAUCUUCCGAGGGAGACGGCACUCCAGCGCGCGUGUCUGACGGAGGCACAGACAGCCGCAGUGCCUCGCCUCCGCAAAGGCUACAGAGGUCUGCCGACGACUCUGCAGAAGCGAACGACUUUGCGACUCCGUCCCUUCCGUCUCCUCUCGGCAGCCGAAGCACACGAUCGAACGGGGAUGUUUCCGAUUCGAAAGCCCCUGCCUCGUCUGUGAGCGGAGAGGCUCUCUGCGUCGCUCUCCUUCAGCAUGUGGAGCCUCAGGUGCUGCGGUCUCUAGCUCGGUUUGAGCCGCAAGACUUGGCAGUCCUGUCGGCAGCCUACGCCUUGCUCCGCUGUGGGAGCGAGGCGCUGCACGCCUCCGUACAGCAACUGAUCACGGAAAACUGGGCAGAGGAACUGAGUGCCGACCAGCUGGUGCGAAUUGUGCAUGCGUAUGCCGUUCUACGUGGGAGCAGUCGCAUGUUCAGCGCUAUCCAAGUCAAUCUCCUGCGACGGCUUGAAACCUUCACCGUCCAUGGCCUCUGCGACGUCGUUUGGAGCUACGUGGUUAUGCGUUAUCUGGACGCCCAGUUUCUAGAGAUGUGCCUCUCCCUUAUCCCCCUCGACCGAGUGGCUGGUGACGAUCGAUGCGCCUUGCUUUACCCUGCGGCUUCGGAGAUUGCGCUAGCAUUGCCUACGAUGGACCAAAUUCGUCUCCAACGCAUGCGCAAGUACACUCGAGAGGCUUUCUGGGAGACGCAGCUGUUUGACUUCCCUUCCGCCUUCGCCGCCUCAGUUGCCCAGACCGCUCGCCUGUUACGGGGCCUGCCCUCUGUGUCCAGCCCCGCCUCUGUGGGGUCCAACAAGACUCGUGUGGGAGAGACCGCAGGCGAGCUUCUGGACGAUGACAGCGACGAGAUCGCACCGGGGAACGAGACGAGCACCGCCUCUAUCGACGGCACUUCUGGAUUUCCCUUGGGUGCGAAUGGUGUUGCUGAAGCAUUCGACUUUGAAGGGUACUUGAUAGAUGUGUGGUUGCAGCAAACGUCUGAAAAAAUGAGUACAAGUCGCCUAGAAGACGAGGACACGAGUGGCGUUUCAAACGAUCAGACGAUAUCUGCAGAGAGCGUCCACAACAUUUCUGAAGCGGCGGAGGACAACGAGAGGUUCAAGGCCCUACUGGAGGGUGGCGUGGCUGUACUCUGUCACACACAUGCAACUGUACACCGAGAGACGGGGAAGCCGCUGGGGCCAGCUAUCAUGCGCCACCGGUACCUCAAACGAAGGAAUGUUGCCUACUACAGAAGUGCGGAUGGCCUAUUUGUCUAA